UGAGAACUGCCCGGAAGGGAGGUGCCAGACGGAAGUGAGGCAGAUACGGGAUCUAGCUGCAGCUUGGCUAUCGCGAGAAUGGCGAAGGGUGCGCGGUCGCUAAGGGCUGUGGCUUCGUAACCAUAGCGACGCGGACGCGGACUGGGCGGAAGGGCCUGGGAUCCUGGAGAGGGCGCCGAGCCCAGGCGGCACCUCACCAGACGGAACCUGACUGCGGCUUUUGUUCUCACUACUCACCUGUUGCUGCUGCCCUGGGCAGAACUCAGCCACACGGUUGCACCUAAUUGCACGGGAAGGACACACCUGCCUGGCACCUGCUGCUCUAAAGUCAUAAAGUCUACAGAGCAAGUCACAGUUGUUUUGAGACAUUGAGCUGUUUUUCAUAUGACACUCACUGUAUCUCGGCAAAUGCAAAAUAAAUUGAAGAUGGAAAAACCCCAAGAGAGUUUCUCAACUAACGAUGGCCGUGUAACUGAUAUAGUCACAGAAAAGUUCGUGGUGGAAUCCAAGGAGUCUGCCUCUCACGUUCAGCUCGCCUGCAGCAUGCGGUACUGUGCUUUCCCUCUGCACGGAAACGGACUCUGCAUACGGAGCACCCUGAACCCUUCUCAUCAGUUUCUAAUCCUACAAGGACACCAUCAGUCCAUUACCGCCAUAGCUUUCGGAAAUGCGGUGGAUCCUCCGCUUGUACUGUGCUCUGCGUCACAGGAUUACGUUGUCGUGUGGGACCUGGAAGAAUGCAGGGAGAGAGUGCUUCAAGGGCUGACCCCUCGAGGGACUGUCGUGGGCACACUGUUGGGAAAGGUGCUGUGUUUAAGGUGGAGCCCAGACGACCGCGCCGUUGCCGUGUGUGCUGGAGACAAAAUACUCCUGCUGGGUGUCGAGAAUUCAUCUGUACUGGCCGAGCUGGAGGGCCACCUGGGUCCAGUGACUGCGGUGGAAUUCUGUCCCUGGCAAGCAAAUACCAUCAUCUCAGUGUCUGAGGACAGAAGCUUUAAGGUCUGGGACUGUUGUACAGGAUCGUUAAUAUACACGUCAUCCGUGUUAACAGCAUAUCCUCUUCUCAGUUUAUUCAUCGACACAGAGAGUAGGCAACUUGUGACCGGCUGUGCUGACGGCCAGCUUUGGGUCUUCAGUUUGGCUGAGAGACACCACUACCGCCGUGUGGCCUGCGUGGACCUGAGGAAGAGGAGAGCGAGCUUCUCCGCUAGGAGGGUGAGGGCUGGGCUGUGUCACCAGCCAGAUGAGAGUCCUCUGCCCUCUACACAUGGCCCGGAGCAGGAAAGAGCUGACGCCGCGUUUCCUGUGCUGACGCUUGCACCCUGCGACCUUUCUCUUAUCCUGGACCCCGAGUGUGAAUUUCUGUCUUCUACCAACUGCUUGUGGAUUGGAAGCUCAGCUGGUUUAUUCGUAUUCAACUUGGCAAGCUUUGAAUUGGAAGCUGUUUUAUAUUACAAGGACUUUGGGAGCCUCAGCAUCCACGUUGCUGGAUCCUGUGCCGUGAUGAGCGAAACCACCAGUCACAAGGCGCUUUGCCUGCUCACGUCCAUGUUUGGGAAGAAGAUCGCCAUGCUGGAAAUCAACCUGGCCGUGCUGCUCGAGUCUCAGCGGAGCCCUGGUGCGGGGCAGCGUCUCUCGGUGCUGGCCAGCUCUUGUGUGCUAGCAACCUCUCCACUGCAUUUUGGAACUGAUGAGAAAAAAAGCACUAAACCUGCCAGUCAAAAACGACCUGCUGCGAAGAGCAGCGUCCAGGACCGGCCCCUGGUUUUCCACAGUGCCGUCAGGUCGUCUGGCUACGCGUCGGCGCCGCGUGCUACUAUGUUUUCCCCAAAGACUAACAUCAAGAAUGAUGGUAAAAGAUCUUCAAAAUGCAAGAAGAGUUUCAAAUGGGUGGAGUAUGCUUUGAAGGAUCCUCUGCCGACCAAGCUCGGCAGGCAGGUGGCUGCCGCCCCGCGCCCGGCCGCUGUGAGCUGCGUCCAGUACUCAGGAGAUGGACGGUGGUUGGCCUGUGGCCUAGCCAACCACCUAUCACUUGUCUUUGAUGCCAGUCUUACCGGAAGACCUGCUGUUUUUUCAGGUCACGAUGGGGCUGUGAGCUCCAUCUGCUGGAGUCACGACCGGAGGUGGCUGCUGUCUGCUGCCCAGGACGGGACGCUGCGGGUGUGGUCGGUGCGCAGGAAGGAGCUCGCGCUGUUUCUGGGCAAAGACAUGUUUUCUAAGCCUAUACAGUCUGCACAGUUUUAUUAUAUGGAUGGUUUUAUACUGUUGUCCUCUGGCUCUGAAUGUCACCUGCUCAAGUAUCACAUUGACACUUGCAGAGACGAGAUAAAAAGAUAUAAGCAGAAGAGUUGGUCCAAGCCAGUUUUCAGGCUGUCCAUGACUGGCGGGGUGGACGUGACCAGUUUGUCGGCGGUGAACGACUUUUACUCCCACGUCGUGCUCACAGCCGGCCGGAACAGGACUGUGGAGGUGUUCGACCUCAACGCUGGCUGCAGUGCAGCGGUGAUAGCCGAAGCCCAUUCGCGGCCUGUCCAUCAAAUCUGCCAAAAUAAAGGCUCAUCGUUUGCGACCCAACAAUCCCAGGCGUAUGAUCUUUUCCUCACCUGCGCGGUGGGCGACGGGCUGCGGCUGUGGGACCUGAGGACCCUGAGGUGUGAGCGCCAGUUUGAGGGGCACCCAAACCGCUGCCAUCCGUGUGGAGCUGCCUUCAGCCCCUGUGGGCGGUUCGUGGCGUGUGGCGCUGAGGAUAGACAUGCUUACGUGUACGAGAUGGGCUCGAGCACCUUUUCCCACCGACUGGCGGGGCACACAGACACCGUCACCGGAGUGGCCUUCAACCCCUCUGCACCCCAGGUUUCCCAGUUAAUAAAAGGUGAUUGGAAGCACAUGGUGUUUUAUUUUCAAUUACAGCUUGCCACGGCCACCCUGGAUGGCAAACUCCAGCUGUUUCUAGCUGAGUAGCUGCGGACCUGUGGGCUGGCCCAGGAGUGCCGAGGACGCGGUGGAGAGAGAGACAGGCCCCUCCGUCACCCGCCGGAAGCAGCAGCUGUUUUUCACAGUUUGGGCCUCAUUCCAGAUUCUCUUUCUGCAAGCUCUACCCGGGGUGCGACACUCCCAUUCGUGAGGUUUUCCUUCUGCUCCUCAUCGGCGGUCCCUCUCCCUAAAAAAUGGAAAUGGCGUCCAGUACUUUUGAACAGAAUUUGGUAAAGUUAAAAUGGAAUAAUACUCUUCAAUAAAAUAAUAUAGUAUUUGUUU